AUGAACCGUGAAGACCGGAAUGUGCUGCGUAUGAAAGAAAGGGAAAGGCGAAAUCAAGAAAUUCAACAGGGUGAAGAAGCCUUUCCGCCCAACUCUCCUCUCUUCGCUGAACCAUACAAAGUUACCAGCAAAGAAGAUAAAUUGUCUAGUCGCAUUCAGAGCAUGCUUGGCAAUUAUGAUGAGAUGGAGGAUCUCAUAGGAGAUAGAUCGCUACAAAAGCUCGUUGGACUUCCCCAACCAACUGUACCAUCAGCACCAGAUGAAAAGUCAAACCAAAGUUUCUUUGGUGAUCAGAGACACAGUACUAGCUCACAUCAGAGCAGCAAAUGGACUCCUGUAGGACCAGCACCUAGCACUUCCUCGCAAUCUCAGAAACGGUCCUCAGGUUUACAGAGCGGACAUGGCAGUCAGCGUGGCAGUGGCAAUAACACUAGUGGUGGUGGCCAGAGGCACGACCGUGACUCGUACAGCAGCAGCAGCAGCCGCAAAAAAAGCCAGCAUGGGUCCGAACACUCCAAACCCCGUUCUUCCAGCCCUGGAAAACCAUCUGCUGUUUCUUCGUUGAGCUCCAGCCAUUCAAGAUCUCAUGGAAACGAUCACCACAGCAAAGAACAUCAACGUUCGAAAUCUCCUCGGGAUCCUGAUGCCAACUGGGACUCUCCCUCUCGUGUACCCUCAUUUUCAAGUGGACAACACUCUAAUCAGUCUUUUCCACCUUCACUAAUGUCCAAGUCCAGUUCAAUGUUGCAGAAACCCACUGCGUACGUAAGGCCGAUGGAUGGACAGGAAUCCAUGGAACCAAAGUUAUCCUCCGAACACUACAGUAGUCAGACUCACAGCAGCAGUGUCAACGAGCUGAAGCCCAGCAGCAAAGCACAUCUGACCAAGCUGAAAAUACCUUCUCAACCGCUAGAUGCAUCAGCGUCUGGUGAUGUGAGCUGCGUGGACGAAAUUCUAAAAGAGAUGACCCAUUCUUGGCCUCCUCCACUGACUGCCAUUCAUACACCGUGCAAAACUGAACCGUCAAAAUUUCCUUUUCCAACAAAGGAGUCUCAGCAGUCCAGUUUUGGCACUGGAGAACAGAAACGAUAUAAUCCUUCAUCAAAAACAUCCAAUGGUCACCAAUCCAAAUCUAUGUUGAAAGAUGACUUAAAGCUUAGCAGUAGUGAAGACAGCGAUGGAGAGCAGGACUGCGAUAAGACGGUGCCAAGGAGCACACCUGGAAGUAAUUCUGAACCUUCGCAGCAUAACAGUGAAGGAGCAGAUAAUUCAAGGGAUGACUCGAGCAGCCAUAGUGGAUCUGAAAGCAGUUCAGGAUCUGACUCUGAAAGUGAAAGCAGUUCCAGUGAUAGUGAAGCUAAUGAACCAUCACAGAGUGCAUCCCCCGAGCCGGAGCCGCCACCAACAAACAAGUGGCAACUGGAUAACUGGUUGAACAAAGUUAAUUCACAUAAAGUGUCACCAGCUUCUUCUGUGGACAGCAAUAUCCCCUCCUCCCAAGGCUACAAAAAAGAGGGACGGGAUCAGGGGACAGGGAGUGGGUACCCUGAUCAAAGUGGAUCCAAGGAUUCCAUUUCUUCUACACCAGGGCGAGAUUCCAAACCCACCCAAAAGGGCUCGGAGAGCAGUCGCGGCAGGCAGAAAUCACCUGCCCAGAGUGACAGCUCAACCCAGAGGAGGACUGUAGGUAAAAAGCAGCCCAAGAAAGCAGAAAAGACAUCUGUUGAAGAGCCCAGAGGAGGCCUUAAAAUAGAAAGUGAAACCCCAGUAGACAUGGCAACAAAUAUACCUUCAAACAGGCACAAGGCAGCCACAAAAGGCUCCAGGAAACCCAAUAUAAAGAAAGAGCCCAAAUCUUCCCCUCGGCCUACCACAGAGAAAAAGAAAUACAAGGCUUCAAGCAAAUCUGCCCAGAAAUCCAGGGAAUUCAUAGAAACAGAUACCUCAUCCUCUGAUUCAGAUGAAAAUGAGAGCCUGCCUCCUUCAUCACAAACACCCAAAUACUCUGAGAGCAAUAGGACUCCUGUUAAAUCUUCCAUGGAGGAGGAUGACAGCUUUUUUCGGCAAAGAAUGUUCUCUCCUAUGGAAGAGAAAGAGCUUCUUUCCCCACUCAGUGAUCCUGAUGAAAGGUACCCACUUAUUGUGAAGAUUGACCUGAGCCUCUUAUCACGAAUACCAGGGAAGCCUUACAAGGAUGCUGACGCACCCAAAGUGGAAAAGAAAAACGUGCCGGAGAAGCACGCGAGAGAAUCCCAGAAGCAGCCGUCUGACAAAAGUUCUACGAAAGGCAAAAGGAAACAUAAGCAGAAUGAGGAUGAAAGCAGAGCCAGUGAAAGCAAGAAAACGAAACUGGAAGAAAAAGCUCCGUCAGGACACAAGACUUCCAGCAGUAGGGAGUCUUCAAAGCCAAGUGCUGUUAAAGAGAAGGAUUUACUGCCCUCUCCUGCUGCGCCAGUCCUGCAGAAGGAUUCCAAGCAGGAGCACGGGUCCCGGAAGAGGACGGUCAGUCAGUCGUCGUCCCUAAAGUCCAGCAGCAACCUCAGCAAGGAGAGCAGCAGCAGCAGUAAAAGCAGCUCAUCUUCCAAACAAAAGAAGACAGAGGGGAAAAGUUCCAGCAGUGCUAAAGAAGCCAAGGAAAAGAUUCUGAACAAUUCAUCAAACUGCCCUCCUGCGUCUGCUCAGUCUACGGAGAGUUCGAAGUCAAGGAGAGCGAAACUGGUUUUCGAUGACAGGACUUACUCAGCUGAUCAUUAUUUACAAGAAGCAAAGAAGUUAAAACAUAAUGCAGAUGCACUGUCUGACAGGUUUGAGAAGGCUGUGUACUACCUGGAUGCUGUAGUGUCGUUCAUUGAGUGUGGGAAUGCAUUGGAGAAAAAUGCUCAGGAAUCCAAGUCCCCGUUCCCUAUGUAUUCAGAAACUGUGGAAUUAAUCAAGUAAGCAAUGCA